AAUACCAUGACAGUUCUGUACUUUUGGUAUCCUGUAAGUGGUCAUGGAACAUCACACCUGACAGCAACAGAAUGCAGAAGCUGCACCAUGAAUUUUUCAACAAAGCAACAUUUUCUGCAAAAAAUGGACACAACUAAAGGACAAUUUUAGACAUUGGGCAGUCUGGGCAGCAGUUGGAGCGCCACUCUGCCACGGUUGGACAAAGACAGAAAAUGGAGAACGGUGACAGACCUGCAGAAAACAAGAGGUAUUUUGGGUUUUCACGGCGCCACACCUUCUUCAUCCUUCUGGUUCUCGGAGUCGUGCUCUUUUUCUACUACUCUAGCGUAAAGGACAUGGCGCCCGAGUGGAACCCUCAACAGUGGAUGCAAAGUCAUUCUACAAAACUAUUCAUCCCAUUCAGAAAACAAAGCACCAUCUCCAACAACACCAGUAGAUCCACAGCUGAGCCGACAGCUGCUGCUUCUACUGGGUUGACACGUGAAACGACCACAGCUCAACUUCCUCAAAAUACAAGCAUCUCACCAAAAGACAAACCAACCACCCAACGGCAGAGGAGCGUUUCUUCACCGGUGCCUGAGAAGAUGCUAACAACCCAAGCUAGCAGACGGACAGCGGUUCCCUACGUAUCUCCUGGACCGUACCUGGUGGAGUACCCCUAUGAGUACCACUUCACCAUGAACGAGCCACUGAAAUGUGAGCAGGAGAAGCCGUUCGUGGUUCUCAUCGUCCAGGUGGCGCCACGCAACCGAGCUCACCGUGACGUCAUCCGCAGCACCUGGGGCAGCGAGAAGCUGGUUGAGGGUCAGGAGGUGAGGCUCUUCUUCUUACUGGGGAUGCAGACUGGAGACGAUGCACAGCAGGUCCACCAGCAGCUGCUGCAGGAGAGCAAAGAACAUCACGACCUCAUCCAGAGCGACUUUGUGGACUGCUACAAGAACCUGACCAUAAAGACCAUGGUGAUGCUGGAGUGGCUGAACUCUUUCUGCUCCAGCGCCCCUUUUGCCAUGAAAAUUGAUUCAGACAUGUUCCUGAACGUUCCCAAUCUUGUUGCCUUGCUCCUAAAAGCCCCGAGGACAAACUACAUGACCGGCCUAGUGGCGCAUGGAGGACAAGUCUUAAGGAAUCCCAAUUCCAAAUGGUACAUGCCUGUUGACCUUGUCAGUGAUGCUUAUUACCCUCCCUACGCUUUGGGUCUGGGCUACAUCUUGUCUUUGGACCUCACCAAAAAGCUCAUUCAGGCGUCCAGACAUGUUAAAGCUCUUUAUAUUGAAGACGUAUAUUUGGGCUUCUGUAUGAAGCACCUGGGUAUCCUCCCAACAGACCCUCCAAAUGGGUUCUACUUCCAUGUUUUUCCUCGGAGGUACAGCCGCUGUGAUUACUCCAGGUUAAUCGCCACCACAACUCAGGAAAAUAUGGAUCGCGUACAGAUUUGGAGAGACUUUAAAAAACCGGGUCGGUACUGUUGAUCUGAGAAAAAGUUAUAAAUUAUAUUGUUUGAAAAUAAACGCAGAAUUUGUUCAGCAGUUCAUGUUUACAUAUUUACAUAUUAGCUUGACUAGGAAAAAAAGAGCCAUGGUUACCAUUAAAAAUUGAUGAUACAUUUAUUGUUUGUGUUAAAGACAGGAUUCAGGACUCGGUUGUCUCGCCUUAGAUGAAGUCUAACGCUGUUCACAUUGGUUAGUUUAUUUGUUUACACACAUUUAUUUAAUUUGUGUAAACACUUCUGACAACCUCCUCCUAACACUGGAACAUCAAUCCCUGUCAUCGCUGCUUGGGGAGGUCUUUAUCUGGUUGAAACAAGUUUCAUAUUCUGUCUCCAAAUUAGCAGUUCGAUCAAUACCAGCGCCGCUCUCCUGGACUGAAGGCUGAAUUUAAACAAAACAUAAUUGUUCUUUAACAUCACGACGCUCACGUUGACAACUCUCAGGUUUUUACAGAGUUUGUUACUGACUUAGAGAGCAAAGAAACUAGAUGCUGUUUAGGCCAGAAAAACAACGUUUUACUUUUUAUGCUUGAUCGGUUUCACUGCCUCUCACUGCUAAAGAUUAACGUUCAGGAUCAUGGUUAUCCGGAUGUUAAUCAGGAUAACCAUGAUGUUGUUUUCUGUUCUACUUGUGGUCCGCUUCUCUUACUGGCUUCCAUGUUUGUAGGCUGCUGCUCUUUUGCCAAGAUAAAAUACCCAAUUAUGUGCUUUGUUUUUGAAGCCUGGGAACUUUCAUGUGAUUGGCUCAGGAACCAGGAAGUAAACACGAGCUACACUCUGAAGUAGUUCUGGACCGUAU